GCACGGCGGGCCGCGCGGGGGCGGAGCGAGUGCGGUUGCACCAACGCCGGUACUUAGACGCAGGCCGGCGUGUCCUUGGGCUAAGAGCGGGACGUCCAGCUUCUCAGGGCCGACCUUUCGGGCGCGGAGGACGACCAGCGCAAACUUCAACAAUGGGUGAUGUCGAGAAAGGCAAGAAGAUUUUUGUUCAGAAGUGUGCCCAGUGUCACACUGUGGAAAGAGGAGGCAAGCACAAGACCGGACCCAAUCUCCAUGGUUUGUUUGGGCGGAAGACCGGGCAAGCGGCCGGCUUCUCUUACACAGAUGCCAACAAGAACAAAGGCAUCACCUGGGGGGAGGACACUCUGAUGGAGUACCUGGAGAAUCCCAAGAAGUACAUCCCGGGCACCAAGAUGAUCUUCGCCGGCAUUAAGAAGAAGAAUGAGAGGGCAGACCUGAUAGCUUAUCUCAAAAAAGCCACUAACGAGUAAUGCUUGGCCACUGCCUUAUUUAUUACAAAACAGAAAUGUCUCGUGACUUUUUUAAUGUCCACCAUAAUUUAAUUCUCCUAUACCAGAAUUCAGAUCAUGAACGGCUGACAGAAUAUUUUUGUUCGGCAGUCCUGAUUUUAAACAAGAUUGCUUUAUGUGGUUAAAUAAAAAGCAAUUGGGUUUGUUGA